UCUAUUUUGACAACAGUUGAGAUCAUCGUUUGUGUUUACAUCUACAUGUGUAUAUAUGCUUUUUACUUUUAAGGGCAGCUGAAAGAAAAACAACGAACUCACAAUGAGUCGAAAUGGACGAUCUUCUAGUCAAAUAUCAAUAGACAAUUAUCCCGAACACUUGAAUCCCUUUUACGAAGAUGACAAUCAUAAGCGCUUACGAUUUUGGAAUUUAAAAAAGAAAGGCUCUGACAAGGGUAGACGAAGUAGUUUUUCAAUCGAAAAUUUGCGAGACAUUUGGACAUUUAAAUCCUUUUCUCUGAAAAAGAAAUCAUCCACAUUGGGCAUAAAUAAAACUUCGGAAAGUCCACCUGUUCUACGUAGGCAAUUAAAUGAGCCAUGUGACUAUAAUAAUUUUUUAAAUACACGAGAUAGAUAUUCGGAAGCUGGUACUUCUCCUAUGAGAAAUGAACUUAACUUAAGUUAUCGAAGACCUUACAGAAGUUCCCUUCAAAAUAUUGAUGCAAAAAGUGAGAAUGGCUCAUUGGGCAACGCUUUUAAUCGCAACGAUAUGUAUCGAGCCACCACUCAGUCUGUCGGUUAUUUAACACCGAACUUUCGUCGCAAUCAUCAUACUAGAUCAUCCCAAUCUAGUCUGUCUAGCACAAACCCAUUUGAGAGUGAUGUUGAGACCAACGUUGACUCAAUUUCAACAACUAGUCGAAAAUCUUAUCGAAAAAAGAAGAGAGCUCCAUUACCACCACCAAGAGCAACGAUUAACAACGAUAUCACUACUGAAACGAUCACAACAGAAAAUACUAAUGGGAAUUUAGAUAUUAAGUCACUUACUUCCGAAAUAGAACAUUUCGUCAACAUAACCAACGAAUCACUGGAUAAUCCCGAUCCGCCGGCAAAGGUAGAAAGGGUGACAACUAGAACUCAACCAAACAAUUUGAUUAAAUCCAACGUACAGCUAAGUUCCUUCGCUCCCGAAAAAGAUGCAUCAAAGAAUAGUAAUGGAGAGGAUACCAAAAUUGUUCAGGUGGAAAAUGCAUCAGCGUCACCUCAAAUUACAUUAUGUAUAGAUGAAAAUCGUAACUUCUAUAAGAACCAAACAAGUAAGGCGGAAGUUACUGCACCUGCAAGAAGGGGUAGACCUUCAGCUGUUCAGAAAAUUGAAACUAUUAGUCCAAUUUCAUUGCCAGCAACUGAUAGAUUACAGAUUGAUGAACAAACCAGUCAUGUAGAUAAAUUCGAAAAUUCGAGUGACACUAUAACUGAACAUCCUACAAGUAAUUCAAAAAUAGUCAGUGAAACUGUAACGUCAAAAGCUCAAAGUGUACUUAAUACAAAGGAUGAGGCUCAGGAUUAUACAUUGAAAAAUACAAAAGAAUCUUUAACUAAACAAACAAUCAAAGAUGAUACAACAGAGAAACCAAAAAUAAGUGACGAAAUUGUCGUGGUGAAAACUGAAACUGAUGUCAAACCGAAAGUUAUAAAAACAUAUGAAUUUCCAUCAGACCAACCAAGGGAUGAUUCGAAUACUAUGACCCAAAAAGUCGUAAUCAAAGCUUCAUUGUCAAAAACUGAAAACACAAAUAAUGUCUUACAGAAUUUUGCGUCUGCAAAUGGCUCAGCAAAUGGCACAACAACUCGAAUGUCAACUGAUCAAGCAAUCGAAGAAAAAGCUCCGAUAAAAUCUAUAUUGCAAAACAAAAAACCUUCUAACAAUAAUAAUAUAUUAUUUAUCGAAGAACAGCAUAUCUCAACUAGUUCUAUCACAAAACAUACAGAUCUACCAAGUGAGGUGGUAAUUCAAGACCCAAUAAUUGUGUCAAAUGGUAGUUCAUUGCCCAAAAGUCCCCAAAAUGAAAUUGUUUUGACAAGUUCCCCAAAAAUUGGACUUACUGCCCAAGAAAAUAAAUUCAAAUUUAAUGUGGGAAAUGCACAAACUUUUGCAUCGCCAUCUAAUCAACGUUUCCACCACCAAAACGAUGAGCCAACACUUUCAACUUCGAGCGGUACGGAAAAUAAUGAUGCUCUAAAUCAACCUGGAAAAAAGAGAUCGGUUAGGGAAGUUAUUGAGUCUAUAAACCGUAGCCAACGAAUGCUUAAUGAAAGUAUAGCUAAAGGUACGAAAAUUUAUUCGACACCACUAUUUGUCGAACACAAGAAUACACAUUCCAAUGAAUUGAACAGUUUCAAUACGAAAUCUACACAAAUGAUGGAAACAAAAAAUAUAUCAGUUACCACUGUAUCCUCAAAUGAAGGAUCAGCAGUUGAACCACAACCAAACGUUUUUCACAAGAGCAAAAUAAAUAAAAUGGUUUGCGACUAUAGGGAGUCAUCGCCCACAGCAUCAAAUUUAGAUUGGAAUCCUUUACCUAAACCAAAGAGAACUAAUAAUAAUUGUUAGUUUAUAAAAGUCAAAUAAUCUAUAAUAUAUACAUACAUAUAUUAAUUUAUACCUGGUCAUGGACCAAAUUACGAAUAGAACUGUGUAGAAACACGGUUAUCUUAAAGUGCUUUCAUUUUUAUAUAUUAAUAUGUGCAAUCGGAUACAAAAUAAUGUUACUUUGAUGUUGGACACAAUAAUGCGUUUUUUUCUUGGGCAUUAGUUCCAGAUUUAUUGUAAGUAUCCUACAUCAGAGUCUGUUUCUAACAUGUGUAAUCGUAAAAAAAGAAAAUAUUUUUUUUACAAAGCUAUAAGCGAACGAUUUACAAGAUGAUUAAAGUUUU